GGUGGGAUUUAUGCAAACGAGAGCCCCUUCAUAACCCCCGGCCCCGCAGCGGAGCCCCGGCGGUGCCCAACGAGGGGGGACGCUAGGACCAUGCGGGUGCUCGGGGCGGCCGCGGUGCUGGGGACCCUCCUGGUCCUGGCUGUGGCUCAGAGGAGAGCCGGUGGCCGGAGCCGGCCCUGGAGCGGGCGCCCGGCGCCGUUCCGGAGCUGGGACUCGGUGCGGUACCGGCCCUGGCAGGAGGGAGCCCCGCGGCAGCCGGGCUGCUGGAGAGGCGGCGACGUCGCCUUCGACAUCAGCAACGAUGCUCCCACCAUGGCGGGCGCUGAGGCCACCUUCUCCAUCGCCCUGCGCCUGCCCAGCACCCAGGAGCUGCGGCCCGACGGCAGCGUGGUCUGGAGCCAGAACUGCACCGUCAACGGCACCCGCGUGGCCCGCGGGGACCCGGUGUUCCCGGACCCCCCCGAUGAAGCCAACGGCGUCUUCCCCGACGGGCGCCCGUUCCCCGCAGGCGGCAAGCGCGGGAGAUUCGUCUACGUGUGGUGGACGUGGGGGCGCUACUGGCAGGUUGUGGAUGGAGCCACGUCCCAGCUCACGGUGGGCACGGCCGGGGUGCCCCUGGGCUCCUACACCAUGGAGGUCGUUGUCUACCACUACCGUGGCCGCCAGAAGUUCAUCCCCAUCGGCCGUGCCAGCUCCCAGUUCAGCAUCACUGACCAGGUCCCGUUCGCGGUGGACGUGGCGCAGGUCCCCGGUGCCGUGGAUGGCGCCGGGCGCUACGUGCGGAACCGCGCCGUGGCCUUCACCGUGCGGCUGCACGACCCCAGCCGCUUCCUGCGCGACGCCGACGUCUCCUACUCCUGGGACUUCGGGGACGGGAGCGGGACCCUCAUCUCCCGCAGCGCCACCGUCACCCACACGUACCUGGAGGCCGGCUCCUUCGCCGCCCGCAUGGUGCUGCAGGCUGCCAUCCCCCUGAGCCCCUGCGGCACCUCCGCGGCGCCCGUCGUGGGCCCCACCACCGGCGCAUCACCGACAGCCCCGCUCCCCACCACGCCGGGGGUGCCCAGCACUGCACCGGCAGCAUCCGGCUCACCCACGGGGGGAUCGGCAGCCGUCACCGUGCCCUCGGACACCGCUGUUACCGUGCCUUUGGAUCCAACCAUCACUGGUGCCUUGGACCCUGUUGUCACUGAUGCCGCGGAUGCUGCUGCCACUGGUGCCUUGGACCCCGUCAUCACUGAUGCCUUGGACCCCGCUGUCACCGAUGCCUUGGAUGCUGCUGUCACUGAGCCCGUCCUCGUGGCACUCAGCACCCCGGCAGCUGCUGCUGCGGGUACCGGUCCCGCUGCCACUGUGGUCCCCGUGCUCCCCACCUCGGUGGCCCCGGCUGGGGAUGCUCUGGGCACUGCAGCCGCUGUAGACACAGAGGGAAUGGUGGCUACAGACGCAGCCACGGAUACAGCCACAGACGCAGCCGUGGUUGGAGCCACAGCUGGAGCCACGGAUGCAGCCACGGCAGAGCCGCUGGUGCUGGUGAAGCGCCAGGCACCGGCCGCCGAAGCCACCGGCUGCAUCCUGUACCGCUACGGCACCUUCUCCACGCAGCUCGACAUCGUCCAGGGCAUCGAGAGCGUCUCCAUCGUGCAGGUGGUGCCGGUGGCGGCAGAGGGCGGCGAGAGCAGCGUGGAGCUGACGGUGACGUGCGAGGGGAGCCGCCCCGAGCAGGUCUGCACCGUGGUGGCGGACGCCGAGUGCCGGGAGGCGGCGGCGGCUCAGACGUGCUCGGCCGUGGAGCCGGGCCCCGGGUGCCAGCUCCUCCUGCGCCAGGACUUCAACGGCUCCGGGCUCUUCUGCCUCAACGUGUCCCUGGCGGCCGGCGGCAGCCUCGCCGUGGCCAGCACCCGGCUCAGCGUCGGAGGUGGAGGCACUGCCCCGGCUGCCGGCGCAACUACGCUCAUCGUUGUGGGGCUGGUGCUCAUCGGGGCUGCCCUGGGCACCGCAGCCUGCGCCUACCAGCGCGUUCAGUACCACCCACUGCCGCCCGCGGCCCCCCCGGCCCCCCGGCCCCGGGGCUGGCUCCCCCCAGGCUCUGCCCUGCGCCUGCUCCUGCGCCGGGCGCUGGGAGGGGGGGACCUGGGAGGGGCCCCCAGCAGCGAGAGCAGCCCCUUGCUCCAUGGGAACCCUGCCUAGAGCCCCCCCACCCCGACCUGGGGGGGGGCUGGGGGGCACGGUGGUGGCGAUGGGGGGGGUACGGUGGCCCCAGUCUCGCUGCCAUCACCAUUAAAGGCUCAGCUCAGCCGGUGCCUCCGCCUGGU